AUCGUCACUCCUGGAGUAGCUUCGAAGAGAAGCCUCUAAGUAACCAUAACAGUGAAAUCACCUUCUUCUCUAAGAGUUCUAAGGUUUCAUUUCACCUUCGCUCUCUUGUUUUCGAUUCCGAUUCUAAUCUUCGAAAUGAAGAGGCUAGCGUACCCAAUCUCCAAGAGCCUCGACCAGUUCAAAUCCUUGUACGGUUCAGCAUCGGGAACCGCGAAGCCGCAAUCGCUCUCUUCGCGCUCUUCCUCAGAUUCCAUUUCGUCGGGGAGUUUGGCGAAUCUCAAGCUCACAGCAGGUUUUUUUUUAAUCCCAAUCUAGCUUCAUAUUUCUGAUUUUCUCGGUAUUCAACUUUACGUCAUUUUUGAUCGUAAUGUGUCCGUACAUCGUCGGUUUCUUCCUGUUGCAGAGAAAUUGGUGAAGGAACAAGCUUCGGUAAAGACCGAUCUCGAAAUUGCGAACGCUAAGCUUAAGAAAUCGACGGAGCAUGUCCAUGCACUUGAAGAGAAGUUGCAGAACGCAUUUAACGAAAACGCGAAGCUCAAGGUCAAGCAGAAGGAAGAUGAGAAACUGUGGAAGGGAUUGGAAUCUAAGUUCUCGUCGACUAAGACACUAUGUGAUCAGCUUACAGAGACUCUACAGCAGUUAGCUAGUGUUGUUCAGGAAGCCGAGAGAGACAAGGAAACUCUGGAAAAUAAACUGUCAGCUAGUUCGGAAGCUCUUGAUAGCUUGAAUAAACAGAUGGAAGGUUUGUCUUUGAAGCUAGAUUCUGCAGAGGAAACAAUUAGAACUCGUGAUAAUGAGCUAGAGAAACUCAAAUUUAUGGCCGAAGAAAGGGAGAAGUUUCUCAGAGAUGAACAGAUCAGAGUUGCCAAACUUAUUCAAGAGAAAGAUACUUCGAUAAAGAACUUUGAAGAAUUGCUAACAGCUAGUAAAUUGGAUACAGAGAGAUUGAAUGCAAAGUUGGGGGAGGUUCACCUUCAAUUAACAGUCAAGGACAAGGAAAUUGUGCAUCACUUGACCAUUCAAGAUAAGCUGGAGAAAGAAAAGAGUGAUAUUCAAUUGUCCAAUGCUGAGCUUACUGAAAAACUUGACAUUACACUCCUGAAAAUCAAAGACUUUGAAGGAUCAUUUCAGGCCUUGGCAGCACAUGUGAUAAAUGUAGAGAAAGAAAGCUUAAACUUUUCAAGCAAGUUUGAUGAACUGAACUCUCUUUAUGCUUGUGGCUUUGAGUUGGUCCAACAGGAGAGAGACAUUUUCUCUAAGCAUGCUCAAAAGCAAUAUUGUGAGCUUAAUGAUAAGUUCUUGGCCAUGGCAUCAGAAAAGGAUGCAAUUCAAAUGAUAAACUGUGAGUUAAGCAGUAAAGUGAAUGAGCUUCAGAAAGUCAUGGAAUCUACUGUAGCCCAGCAUACAGAGGAAUGUCUAUUAGCUUCUGAGAGAAUUAAAAAAUUGGAGGUGGAUGCUGAAAGUUUAAACUCCAAAAGGGAAGAAGCAGAGUUUAUGAUUUCCAAAUUAGAGGAGAAAGCCAGAGUUCUGUUAGAAAAUUCUAAAUCAUCAGAAAAUCAAACACAAGGUUUAUUGCUGAAAAUUUCAUCAUUAGAGACUGAAAGCAAAGAAAUUACUGAAAGACUGCAAGAAGAGAUAACGAAGAAAUCAGAGGAAAUAGAUACUUUGCAAAAGGAGAGAAUGAAGCUGGAGCAGAAUGCAGACUCUCUUCAUGAAGAAGUCAGACGGCUUCAUAAUAUCUUAGAAGACAAAGAACAGCAUAUUUUGCAGUAUAAGGAAAAGGAAAAGAAGCUGGAAGACCAGAUCACAGAGAACCAGUCAUUACUGACUGCUUCUGAAAGUAAGCUUUCAGAAGCUAGAAAGCAAUAUGAUCAAAUGGUAGAAAGCAAGCAGCUUGAAUUGUCAAGGCAUUUGAAAGAAAUCUCUCUAAGAAAUGAUCAGGCUAUUAAUGACAUUAGAAGGAAAUAUGAGUUGGAGAAGAUGGAAAUCGUCAACAAGGAAAAAGAAAAGGUUGACAUGGCUAUUGCUGAAAUUGAGAAAAAGUGUGACCAGAAACUGGUAGAAUGCAAAGAAGAAUCUAGGCUGCAUUUGGCAAGGAUUCAGGAGGAACAUGCUGGGCUUUUAACCAAAAUACAGCAGGAGCAUGACAAAAAGCAACUAGCCAUGAUAGCUGAACACAAUGAACACCUAAAGCAUACCCAAGUAGAGGCAGAAAAUCAACUCAGAGAGAAAAUGAUGUUUCUGAGAAGCGAACAUGAAGCUGAGAUAAAAGCAUUGAGGUGUGAACUUGAAGAUGAGUGUCAGAAGCUGGAAGAGGAGUUGCAUCUCCAGAAAACCAAAGAAGACAGGCAAAGGGCUUUGCUGCAGUUGCAGUGGAAAGUGAUGAGCGUCAAGCCAAAAGAGGACCAAGAAGUGAAUUCAAAACAGGAUUACUCAAUUACAUCAAUUAAGAGAAGGAAUUCUUGUGGAGGCCAAAGAAAUCAGCAUGAAAUAGAAUCUCCUUACUAUGACGCAACACAAACAACACCAGUACCAAAGCUGUUGAAGACAGUAGAGAAUGUAAAAACUGGAAGUGCAUUAAAUAUCCCUAAGCACCAUAGAAAGGUCACUCGCCAUGAGUAUGAAGUCGAGACUUCCAACGGUAGAACAAUCACAAAGAAAAGAAAAACAAGAAGUACGGUCAUGUUUGAGGACCCGAGAAAACAAAAGAGAAACACCCCAAAAGCAAAUACCCCAGGAACUGCUGUCAAGAGCAUGAAGGGAGAAGGUCAUCCUCGUCCCUCUAAUAUUGGUGAUCUGUUCUCAGAAGGGUCUCUGAACCCUUAUGCAGAUGAUCCCUAUGCAUUUGAUUAGAGACCAAUUUCUGUAUUUCUUGAUGCACAUGAAUCUGAAAAUAAAUUGGAGAUAGAGGGCAUCAAAGCUGGAAGAAAUUUUUUCUCUGAUCAACAGCUUCUGACGACAUAAUGGUGUUAGCUGGAAGAAAUUUUUUCUCUUAUCCCCAUGUAAUAUUUUGUUUUCCUUUUUCAUAAUGUACGAUUAGAACUGUAAAUUUUAAGGCUAGUUUUAAAAUAUACAGUUUUCGGAAAUUUCAGAAUGUAUGCCAUGAUGAUGUUCAGCAAUAUGAACAUUAAAAACCAGUUAUCACCUCAAUUACCACGCAUAAGUGUUUCAUGUUUUUACCAAUAUAGUACUCCGCACUCUCGCCUAGGGUCUGCAAGUUGCGUUGUCAUGCACUCAUAAUUGGCAUGCAGUUCUGCUAUCCAAUAACUCGGUGGUGAGAGAGGAGCCGCACCUAUCUAGAGAAGGUUUGUGGAAAGCCAGGGCAAAGUUUUGGCCCAUGGUGGGUGACAAAUUGCUCUUUUAUCCCCAAGUUUGACGAAUUAUAUCUUGUGUCCACUUCUACGAUUGGAUAGUACUUCGGUCUUUUCCAACUCGGUUAGGUAGGUAAAGACACGUCCACGCCCAAAAUCAGUGCAUUUGUGAUGUAGUUCAAAAUAUACUUAAGGAAACGUUUCAAGUGCUCCAUGGCAUUUUUCUAAAGUUCAGCAUGCCAUGUACUAUCACGUUCCAAGUUUUCGUUUGUCUUGGGGUGACGCAUGAAAUGACCCAAGUAGUCCUGACAGUAAAGAACAGUUUA